UCUGAGUGACGCUGCCUGCGCGGCGGACCUGGAGCUCCCGCGAUCCCGAAGGUGAGUCUCAGGCACUGCGUUCCGACUCGCCCGCCCCAGGAAGAUUAAGAUCGGUGCCUGGGAGUAGGUGAGGAGAGGACGUCUGCGCGGGCGUGGCCCCCGCCGGCCUCUCGUGAUCACCUGGACACACGCCUCGGAAGGAGGUCCCGCCCCUGCCCCCGCCCGGGUCGUGGGAGAAGACCCCCUUGUGGAGGCGGAGCUUUGUAACCAGACCCGAGGUGCGUCCUUCUGAAGAAGAUUAAAUCAGAGGAUCUUAAAUCAGUUACACUUCCACCCCAGGCUGGAUUGAGCCCUUCUAAAUUAAUCCCAGAAUGGCUUCAGCAGGGGAACAGGAGGGAUUUAAGAUUGUGAAGGUGAAGGAAGACCCUAUCUGGGACCAAGAAACCUACCUUCGAGAGAACAACUUUUCUGGCCAGGAAGCCUCCUGCCAACUUUUUAGACACUUUUGUUACCAAGAGACUCCUGGUCCCCGAGAAGCACUGAGCCGGCUUCGGGAACUCUGUCAUCAGUGGCUGAGGCCAGACACACAUACCAAGGAGCAAAUCCUGGAGCUCCUGGUCCUCGAGCAGUUCCUGACCAUCCUGCCUGAGGAGCUCCAGGCCUGGGUAUGCGAGCACCAUCCCGAGAGUGGGGAGGAGGCAGUGGCUGCAGUUGAAGACCUGGAGCGAGAACUCAGUGAACCAGAGAACCAGGCCCCAGAUUGUGAACAUGGACUUGCCGAAAUGCUCUCAGGGGAUGCAGUGCAUUUGAAGGCCAAGCAAGAAUCAACAGCUUUCCAGCUUCAGUCCAUGGUGACGCAGCUCAAAUGUGAAUCUUUUGGGCUCCACAAAUUUGAAGAACAAGAUGGUGAAACUGUACUUAAAAACCAGGACUUGACAUCAAAACAGGAAGUCUUAAAAGAAAUGGGACAUUUUGAGAAUAGCAGGCUCCAAAGAGAUAUUCCUUUAGAUUCUAAAUAUAGAGAAAUGUGUAAACAUGAGAGCAGGGCAGAAAAACAGAGCGGACAGCCCACUGGAGAGAGACGUCACAGGUGCAAUGAGUGUGGGAAAAGCUUUACUCAGAGUUCAGUUCUCAUUCAGCACCAGAGAAUCCACACUGGGGAGAAGCCAUAUGAAUGUGAAGAAUGUGGAAAGACCUUCAGCCAGAGGUCGGGCCUGAUUGAACAUCAGCGGAGCCACACUGGAGAGAAACCCUAUCAAUGUAAAGACUGCGGGAAAGCCUUUAGCGCCAGCAAUGGCCUCAUUAGACACAGAAGGAUCCACACAGGGGAAAAACCAUAUGAAUGUGAAGAGUGUGGGAAAACCUUCCGCCUGAGCUCGUACCUUGUUCAGCAUCAGAGGAUACACACUGGAGAGAAGCGCUAUCACUGUAAUGAGUGUGGGAAAGCCUUCAGCCAGAAUGCCGGGCUUUUCCAGCAUCUCCGAAUCCACACUGGUGAGAAACCCUAUCAGUGCAGUCAGUGCAGUAAAAGCUUUAGUAGGCGAACGCUCCUUAUAAAACAUCAGAGAAGCCACACUGGAGAGAGACCGUAUGAGUGUGAUGAGUGUGGGAAAGCUUUCAGUCAUCAUUGCAACCUCAUUAGGCAUUUUAGAAUCCAUACUGUUGUCAAACUGGACUAAACUAACCCUAUGAACCACCAGGGCCCUUCAGUGAGGUGAUUCUCAGGAAAGUAAGAUAUUCAAAUGGCUUAUUUUACUCUUAUGAAAUUUAUUUGCUUUGGAAUGCAUGACUUUUUUGCAGACCAUGUGCUGCUGUCUCCUGAGUGGAUGACUGUGGGUGUGAGCAUGUGGGCACUUGCUUCGCAGCUUCCUUCUUCCCUAUCCCUUGGUUCAUUUCUAACAAUUUCCCUUAAAGCAACCAAAUCUUACCUGGGAAUAAAUUGGUAUGUAGGGGCCAUUAUUGAGUAAUACUUAAUAUUGAUCAACUCUAAAUGACUAGCAUUUGUGUAUAUACCCAAAGGAUAUUCAGAGGUGAGUUUUUUGUUUGUUUGUUUUUGUUUUUUUGUAAAAGUAACAUUUUAAAUGCAAUAAGGUUUGGGGGAAUAAGAAUUGUUCCUAUUCCCAUAGAAAAAUCAUUAUCAUGUCAACAAUCUCCCCAGGAAUGUAAUGGAUAUUCUCUUUAAUACUUUCAUCAGAAUGGUUGGCAAACUUAUUUACUAAGCAGCAUUACCCCUGGUGUGAGGUGUAUAGAUUUGAUGGUUUAGGAAUCCAUGUCCCAUUUUGAUAUUGAACUCCAAAUUCUCAGUGCAGGUCAUUACUAUAUUUAAGGUUCCCAUUUUUGUUAUAAAUAAUGAAUCAGAUGAUACUUUAAGACCUUUGUGGAACUUCCCUGGUGGCCCAGUGAUUAAGACUCUACACUCCUAAUGCAGGAGGCACAGGCUAGAUUCCUGGUCAGGGAACUAAGAUCCCACAUGCCAUGUGAUGAGGCCAGUAAUAAUAAACCCUUUGCAAUGUGCCUGUUUUAUUGAUAGCCUUUUCUGUCACAGGCUUUAGAAGUUUAACCGUGUGGAAGGCCACUGUAAGCAGCAGCAGAGCAGCGUCAUUGAGAUUAUAAAGAAAUGGAGCCUCUGGCCUCAGGCAGCUUACGCUUAACUGGGGAGACCAGCAGGUUCAAGCCAUUUAUUGCCAGGGUUAAACACAGUACCUGCUUCUCCAUCUGUAAGCUCUGUGACCUUGGGCAGUUUAAUUAAAUGUCCCUAUUCUACAGUCUCCCUACCUAUAAAUUUAAUAGGGGGUAAGAGUACCCUUCUCAUAGGAUACAUGAGAUUAAUACAGACUUGUAAAGCACUGAAAAUAUAACUCAAUAAAUGUACACUGUGAUUUACCUAAGAAAUAAUACCAUCUAAUGAAUGUAGGUGGAAUUUUAAGUAUCCUGUUUGAACUAAAUGGAAUGGUAAAUGCCUCUACUGACAAUCUCAUUAUACUUUUCUCCACUGUCAAAAUGUUUAUCAGAAUUUCAAAAGAAAGGAACUAUAAGUUCAACUUAAAAAUAUACCGUGCUAAGCAUGUCUUCAAAGUUUGUUUUUAGAAAGUUAAAGAAGGCUAUAUAUGUAUG